UCGUGUUAUCAGGGUUGGUUAUUCAUUAGUUUCCGACCAACUUGACGACAAGUUAUCGACAACUUUAGCUUUUGCAACUUUUGGCUACAAGUUAUUGCCAACUUUCUGAGAAAGUUGGCGUUAGUAUGGAGCCGCAACCGCACUGUUGACUGUUUGCAAGCCCAUUUAGUUACCUCACAGCUCUCAGGACACAACACAUGGAAUAUUAUGGGGAAAAAGUAAUCAGUUGGAUUUCUCAGAAAUAAUGUAAUGACGUAAAAUUAAUGAAAUUAAAACUUCAGAAAAAAUUAUCAAAAUGAAUUUAUUAGUAGACCAUGAAGAAACGCAACCAGACAUAGUAAUGAAAAUUAUGGUCGAUCGUCAUGUUUAUUAUCAAGAUGAAUUUCACCAUAACUUUUAUUGUGAAAAACCUAAAACUUCUUUCAUCGAUAAUACAUUAUUAUCAAUGAAAUCCAAAAAUUUUAAAUCAUGUCUAAGUUCUAUUGUGCCGGUAUCUUAUUGGAUAAGAAAAUAUAAAUGGAGAGACUACGUAUUAUCAGAUAUAAUCUCUGGAAUUACAGUGGCUAUAAUGCAGAUACCACAAGGAAUGGCUUAUGCGUUAUUGGGAAACGUUCCGCCAAUAGUUGGCAUAUACAUGGCUUUUUUUCCGGUUUUAAUUUAUUUCAUUUUCGGAACUUCGAAACAUGUUUCUAUGGGAACUUUUGCAAUUGUAUGUCUUAUGACUGGAAAAGUUAUUGCAUCUUAUUCCACUUCAGUAAAUUCUUCCAUUAGUAAUAAUACGUUGGUUGAUUCUUCUGAAAUCAUUAAUAAUCAUACUGUGCCUACUGUUUAUUCGCCCAUGCAAGUAGCAACUGCCGUAACUCUUUCUGUAGGAAUAAUACAGUUGGUGAUGUUUAUUUUAAGAUUGGGCAUAAUAAGUUCUUUGCUGAGUAAAAGUUUAGUUAGUGGUUUUACAACAGGUGCAGCCAUUUAUGUCUUAAUAUAUCAAAUGAAAGAUCUCCUAGGUCUAAAACUACCGAAACGAAAAAUAGCUCAUUUCAAAUUGGUAUAUACGAUUAUAGAUAUAUGUAAUGUAUUGAAUUAUUCUAAUUGUGCAUCUUUGAUCGUAUCAGCUGUAACAAUUUCUAUUAUGAUGAUCAAUAAUGAAUUAUUCAAGCCAUGGCUUGAACAGAAAUGCAAUAUGCCGUUUCCAAUCGAAUUAGUUGCGAUUGUUUCUGGAACUAUUAUUUCUAAGUAUUUUGAUUUGCCUGGACAAUAUAUGAUUGAUACAGUUGGUAAUAUUCCAACGGGACUUCCAAAACCUGCGCUACCUACUAUUGAAUUAAUAGGAAAUGUCAUGGUCGACUGCAUAGCUAUAACAAUGGUAUCUUACACAGUGACUUUAUCAAUGGCAUUAAUAUUUGCACAAAAAUUGCAUUACAAUAUUGAUUCAAAUCAAGAGCUUUUUGCAAUGGGUUUAAGCAAUAUAUUUGGAUCAAUUUUUUCAUGUAUGCCAGUUUCUGCAUCUCUGAGUAGAUCAUUAAUUCAACAAACUGUUGGUGGAAAAACUCAGAUAGCUAGUAUAAUUUCUUGUUCAAUUCUCUUAAUUAUACUGUUAUAUAUUGGACCAUUCUUUGAACCGUUGCCAAAAUCUGUUUUAGCAUCGAUUAUUGUUGUAAGCAUUAAGAGAGCUCUAACCUUUUUUCUCUAUCACGAUCAAGUCGACGAACGGUGCUACGUAAUUACCGACUGCGAGAUUUGGAUGCAGGUGUAAUUACAACAAUUAGAGGCAGUACUAAUUGAGUCUAUUAGUAUUAAUUAUAUUAGUAUCUAUUAUAUUUUUUCUGUCCGUGGCAAGAAGACUGACGCUAUUAUCUUUCAUUACGUAUGUCACGAUCAAAGUGAGUAAAGGCGACGGGCGAAAGGGUUAUUUUUAAUUUAUUAUUUAAUAUCGGAAUACCAAAUUAUUUCGUUCUAUAACCUAGCCAAGGAGUUCGAUUAAACGUCACGUGGUUAGUGUGAGAAUAUAUGAGUGAUUGGGCACUGAUUAUUAAUUUAAAAAUUAAAAUAUGAAAUUAUUUUUAUUCUGUUAUCCAACCAAGGAAUUUGUCUUCAUGUGGCUGAUUUUAGGAUAUUAUAAUUUCGUAUCGUUUGUCUAUUCGUACCGAACGGAAGUACUAUAGACGGUCAUGGCGUUACGGUAGGUCCGGGAUUUAUGAGCGAGAGGGAUGUUGGGUCGGUGAAUAAGGGUCCUCGAGAAGACCGUGUUCUUUCUCUAUCUUACUUAUAUUUGACUAUGACUUAAAUUACUAGCCGUUGAAUGCCGGAGAAAAAAGGCAGCAAAUAAAGAGACAAAGGUAUAAAAAAAACAUGUAUGGUAUAUUGUUGUCUUAAAUUUUACAAGAAAUAUUAUAAUGAUGGACUUACCCAGAAGGGUUGAUACACUUGUAAACACUCACUCCAAAUUCACCAAUCUGAAUUUAGUGCAUAAAUAUAUUACAAUGCUUACGAUAGUCUUAUUUAAUUAGGAUUAACAGAUUGAAUCCGUCUCACACAAACACACUGCACGCUGCACAGAUGAACCGGCUUGGGUUUCAAGUGAGUUUAUAAUGAUUUUAGGAUUUAUCACUAAAAUCAACCAUUCCCGAACAAGGACUCCAGUUGCCUAGGCGUGGAGUGUCACGAGAACGAACGUUGAAAUCAACUCAGUGAACCUUACUCGCUGAUAGAUCCGACAAAGGUUUUAGUAGUAAAAGCAAGGACUGACUUCGAUUAUUUUUCCUGGGUUUAUAAAUGAAAGGUUUGACAGAAAAGUAGGGCCAAAUAUGCUUUAUGUAUGAAACAAAGAGUGGGUUAAAGAUAAAGAGCAAAAAUAAUAUAGAAGGGUUUGAUUUUUGGGCAGCUGAGAAUGACAUGUUUAGUACGGUAGUUCUUGGAAUUUCGUAGUAGCCGGAUGUAGAUGAAAAAAAAGUCCGCGGUGGACUGCUCAAAAAUAAAGUCUGUAUAAAAUUUAUGGUGACGUUUAUUACCAAUAUUUUAAGUGGGUCUGAAAAAUGUAAUUAAAAAUUUGAGAGAAAAAUGUUUCUAUGAUGAGAAAGGGGAAAGUGAGGAUCCGCGGGGAACCGUGGGAUUCUUCAAAAACAACGUCUCUAUAAAAUAUAUGACGACGUUUAUUACGAAUACUUUAGGCACGUCUGAGAAAUGCAAUUAAAAUAAAAGUAAAAAUAAUAUUCAAGAAAAAUUCUACGAUAGAAAAGAAAUAGAAAGGAUCCACUGAAACCGUGGGACCUAUUGGUAACCGAUGUCUUAGCUGGAAAAGUCGUAAAAAUUUGAGUCGAACUAAAUCAAGAAAAUACUUUGAUAAAUUUAUUGAGACUUUUACAACGACAUUUAUGAUGAUGAAGGCCUCGCGGCCGCGAAAGACUCGAAGAAAUCCUCGCGUGGGACAUCUGGAAAACAUUGAAUCAGUGGGCUCUUCUUAAGGGACCGGUCUUAACGGUGCAGUUGUCCAUAGAGGGAAAGAGAUAUACUAUUUUCCUAGUUGUUUGCUUCUAUUCUCAUCUCUCUCACUCCUGUGACUUGACCGUUUCUACUUUCAUACUUUUUCUGUGGGAAUUCAGAGCGAACCCAAAAUGCAUCAUAGGUAUUCGUACAUAGAUGGCACACAUACAUAUACAUAUAAUAUGUAUAUAUUAACUUAUACAUACACGCAUGCACAUAACCACAUGUAUUAUUAUAUUUUGGUGAGUGUGCUUUGAAUUCUCCAAGUUAAUUUUAUAAAAAAGAAAAGAAAAAUUUUUAACUUAAGGUACGCUUGAGUGGUAACUCAGAUGUACCGAUUGUUACACGUACAAUUCAAAUUAAAAACACGUGUUUUCAGUCACCAAAUUAUUUUGUACACAUCUCGAGAAAAUAAUUAAAAACAAUAAGUCAAUUAAUUUAAGAAUUUAUCAAGCUCCUAAAAUAUAUAAUGAUUUAU